CCCUUAUCUCAUACUUAAAUCUUCUGGAAAAAUUAUCUUAUCGUGGAUUCUUGGUCCGUUGCCGCGAUGUGAUCGCUACUUCGUCGGUUACGAGCGACUGGAAGACCCUUGAUAAUUUUUGGAGCGGUAGAUUUUUAAACGAAGCAAAACGGCUAUUGAAGCAGAGUGAUUUUAAUGAUUUAAAUAAUAAGGGAGGGCAACUCACAGUCGAGCGCGUUUUUGACUCAGGAGAAGUACUGAGUUGUUUGCUUAGUAUACUCAAAGUCUUAAGUAAUAAUAAAGCGUUCGGAAAAAUGGAUAGAGCCGUAUUGGAAGGGGCUGAAAGUGGAACACAACGACAAAGAGAAUCAACCAAUACCACUACCACAAAAUCAAGUACUGCACGUACUCCAGAUCUAGUUGAAGAUGUUAAAUUUCAUCAAUUUGAUGUAAGACAGGCUCUUUCUGUGAAUCUUUAUGGAAAUCUAAAUUCGAUAACGCGUGAUAAAUUAAUGUUAGUAGUUGAAGUGAAGACCGCGUGGGUUUUAAAGUUGGAGGUCGAUAAGUCACUUAAUGAAAAGUAUGAAGAUGAUCUGGAGAGGCAAAAUAAUGAAACAAUACCCCCAAACUGUGGCGAAAUUUCGGUUGUAGACAUAAUACGCCAGAUUUUUGGGCCCAAAGGUGAACCACGAGCCCUUGAAAUUUCUCCGACAAUAGAUGUAAGUUCGGGGAAUCCUUCGAUUUUCAAAUGCUACGCGUAUAUUUUUGAACUGUCGAGAAUAGAUACUGCUUACUCUAGCCCAGGGACAACACCGCCAUCACCGCCAUCAUCUAGUUAUGAUGAUGCAGGCGUUUACGAUAUACCGGAAAUUACUCCCACCUUGCUAAAUGAACUCCUAAAGGAACCUGAAGUACAUAUUGAAUAUGGAACAUCUAAUUUUGGUCUUCCUACCGAUCAACUUUCAAAAGAUAAAGGUUUGGUCUGGGGAGCUCGUAAGAUUGCUGGGGUGUUUGGAGGUACUGUAGGAGUUAUUGCGUACCAUUUCCAAGAUCGUAAUGAAUCCUUGGUCUUUAUGUGGAGUGUCCCAUUAAAUUACGUCUUUUACUCAAAUUGGUGGAAUAUUAAAGUUUAUAAUGGUCAUGUUAAAGCUAAUCAAGAAUUAUUUGAGAAAAUAUACAAUGACCUUCCUCAUGAGGGAGAUGGUAAAAUGUACCGCGGAAUUCUAAGUACCGAUUUGCUAUUCAAGGGUACGAUGAAAAAAUCUGGAAUAACCACUAUUGUAAUUGAGGUCCAAAAUUAUAGUUCAACUCCUCCUGUUAGAGAAAUCAAUCGAAAUUAG